AUGACAGCACACCUGCUGCCAGCGAUUUCUCUGGUCUUCUGUGCUUGCUCGCUUAUCAUCGCCCGCUUCGUGUACUGCCCAGCGAAGCUACGGCCACUUCCAUCGGUCCCCCUGAUACCUACAAUCAUCAGUUUUCUUAAGGGCGAAUCAGAAGAUGUUCGUACCCGUCGGUUGGUGAUCCCCACUGCUAGGAGGCACGAUGCUGGUCUCGUGCGCAUGUGGGCGCUUGGGGAAUGGUAUGUCCACAUCGUAGACCACAAGUUAGGGAGACUACUCAUGGAGAAGAGAGAUAUCUACAAGCAGCCCGCUCGACGAGAGAUGAUGUUUUGGCGCUUCACGGGCUCGCAAAGCGUGUUCUUUGCCGACGGGGAGAAAUGGGCAAAUCAUUCCCCGGCCGUGCGAGGCGUCCUGCGCAAUCACCUACCCAUUGACACGUUUGCCUCGCUUAGUCGCAAACUGGUCUCCUUGCUCGGUGACGGUGGGAGGAUCUGCUGGAGUGACUAUAGCCAUCGCUUCACGUUGGACGUCGUUGGACGCGCCAUCUUGGGACAUGACUUCCAGUCCCUCGACAGCCCCCAUAACAGUCUUGUUAAGCGGUAUGUGGACAUCAUGGCAGAUAUCUCACGUCCUCUAUACAUUGCAUUCCCGGUACUCGAGUCGAUUUUACCUCGCCAUGGUCUCAGAGCGCGUGUAGACGCUCUCCGCGCGGAGUUUGGUCAUCUCCUGGAACUGAAGAAACACCAGUCGGGGGAUGACUACGUGUCGCGUCUGCUCGACUUGAGUUCCAUGUCAGACAUCGAGUACCUGGAUAACAUCGUCACGAUGUUUAUGGCCGGCCAUGAUACUACAGCUGGAUCUUUGUCCACUGUCUUUUACUAUCUCGCUCGCCACCCGGCUUUCCAAUCCAGAGCACGUUCAGAAGUGAUGGAAGCUAUGGGCGUUCACGGCGAACCUUCCGUUACCCUAUUCCAGAACACACCCUUCCUCAACGCAUGCAUCCGUGAAGCCCUCAGACUUAACGGUCCUUCUGUCCUUACCAUCCCGCGCCUCUGCGAUACGCCCAUUACACUCGGAAACUUCAUCAUCCCACCCCAAACCCCCAUCGCUCUCAACCUCUACGGCGUGCUUCACAAUGAGACGGCCUGGACGUCCGUGAACGAGUACAAGCCUGACCGCUGGCUUUCACGUUGUGACGAGGAGGACUCCGCUUGGAUGCCAUUCAGCACCGGACCACGCCGCUGUCCCGCGACGAACUUCUCGUUAUACGAGCAGCGAACCUUACUGGCAAUAGUACUACGCGACUUCCAGUGGACCCUGCCGGCUGACAGUGCUCACAAAGAAGAUCUACGAAACGCGUUGUCUACGUUCGCUCUGAACCUUCCGGACAACCUCGAACUCAUAUUCUCUAGGAUUUCAACGUCAGUUGAGCACGCAUACUGA